AUGAACAAUGGGUCCUGCGGGACAAAUGAAGAUAAUGAACCUGAGAAUUUCUUAUUUAACAAUCAUCAAAGAGAGAAGGGGAGCCUGAAGUAUAAAAGAGCGCUCAAGACAGCUUGGGAACAAACGGAGGACAGUUUCAAUGAUUUCUUUUCCUCCCUGAAAGAACUGAACAAAGAGAGCUUAAUGAACACUGAAAGUGUUAUGAAAGAGUCCAUACGACUAGAAGCCUGUAUUUUAAAUCUACAAAACCGCAUUGAGUUUAUAGAGUGCAAGAGUAAAGAACUGACUCACAUACAGAAGGCUCUUGAGAAAAACCAAGAAAAAAUUAAGAGAAAUGAAAACUUUACUUUCACAGUCACAAAGUAUUACAAAGAAAAAGUUCCCAUUGAAAAUGCUUCAUGGUGGGACAGAAAGGUGACCAGUUGCACUGUCUGUGAGGAGAACUGUCAUAAGCAUAAUUGCUGGAGUGCCCUGGAUGUCGAGUGGUGUGAAGUCAUGAGUAAUAACCACUGUACUAUAUGUACAGGUAAAUGUCACUACAGUAAACAUGUCAAAGAGAACAAGAAAUAUGUUCGACUCAGUAAAGAGAUCUUGGUGACAUUUGAUGAUCUUAAAAAACAACAUGAAGGCAUCAAUAAUUCAGCAUCAGAUAUAAAGUUUGACUCAAAGUGCUAUGAAAAGAUCAAAAACAAGAUUGAAAUCAACAAGAAACAGGAAGAGGAGAAGACAAGCACAGAGAAGAGACUGAAAGAAGAACUGUCUGAGAAUGAAAAAGAAAAAUCUAAACUGGUGGAAGAUACCUACAACACUAUCAUGAAACUGUCUGAAAUCGCUUUAAAGCCAGACUCUGCUUUCAUUGUUCAGGCUUUGGACUUCUUGAUCCUUCGAGCUGAGGAAACUGGAAAAAUGAACUGUGCUAAAAAACUAAGAGAGCUGAGACAGAUUCCGCCUGAAUCAGAGGAAAGAGUUAAAGCUGUAAUGAGUCACCUGGGUCCACACUGCCAUUACUCAGCUGCCCAGCCCAUUCAGACUCUGUAA